AUGAAUGAAGAACAGAACAAUGAAAAAAAAAUAAUAAACGAUUGUAUUAUUUAUGUUAAAAAAUAUUUUGACUUACAUGAUUUAACCGUUAUAGAAAUAAAUGAACUUAUAAAAAUUAUCUUAAACAAAAAUGUGUCUCCAUUGGAAGACCUUGACGAAAAUGGAAAAUUGGACAUAUUUAUAAAAAAUGAAUUAAAAUAUGAUUUUAUAAAAAAAUUCGAGUCUUUAAAAUGCAUACUGGUUGAAAUCAAAGAAUGUACUAAAAAUUUAAAAAAACAGAAAAAAUUAAUCGAAGAUAUUAAAAUGAAUAAAUCAUCAAUUAAAUCUCCAAUAUUAUUUUCCUUAAAUCGUUUUUUAAGCAAAGCAUUCAAAUAUUUUAAACAAGAUUAUAAAUUAAAGCAAAGAUUGCAUCAAUCCUUUAUUCAUGUUGAUAGUACAUGCGAAAAUGAGGUUAAUAGACUGCAAUUAAUGUGGAAAGAAACACCUUUUUUAUACCUCAUAUUAGAAAAGUACAAUGUUAACAAAUUAAUCACGGAAUGUAAACAAUAUGUAUGUGCAAAAUGA